ACUCCCGGCUGGGUGUGCGCGCGGGCCCGGGAGCGCGCAGGGAGAGCGGGAGCGCGCCAGGCGGCCGGGCCCGCGCUCGCCGCCUCGUCCUCACCCCGCGGCCGCCAGCCGCCCCGGCCCCUCCCCUCCCCCGCGAGCUGCGCACCGCCGGCCGGCUGACCCAGCGGCCCGCGCCCGCGCCCUUGUCCGGCCGACCCCGCGGCGGGCUCCCGGCGGCUGGCAGCAUGAGCGGCGGCGGCGACGUGGUGUGCACCGGCUGGCUGAGGAAAUCGCCCCCCGAGAAGAAGUUGAGGCGCUAUGCCUGGAAGAAACGCUGGUUUAUCCUGCGGAGUGGUCGGAUGAGCGGUGACCCAGAUGUUCUGGAAUACUACAAGAAUGAUCACUCUAAGAAGCCCUUGAGGAUCAUCAACCUGAACUUCUGUGAGCAGGUGGAUGCGGGCCUGACCUUCAACAAGAAGGAGCUGCAGGAUAGUUUUGUGUUUGACAUCAAGACCAGCGAGCGCACCUUUUAUCUGGUGGCCGAGACGGAGGAGGACAUGAAUAAGUGGGUCCAGAGCAUCUGCCAGAUCUGUGGCUUCAAUCAGGCUGAGGAGAGCACAGACUCUCUGAGAAACCUCUCCUCCGCCAGUCACGGCCCCCGCUCCUCUCCAGCUGAGCUCAGCAGCUCCAGUCAGCACCUUCUCCGGGAACGGAAGUCCUCAGCUCCGUCGCACUCCAGCCAGCCCACCCUGUUCACCUUUGAAACCCCGGUGUCCAACCACAUGCAGCCCGCCUUGUCCACCAGCGCGCCUCAGGAGUAUCUCUACUUGCACCAGUGCAUCAGCCGGAGGGCUGAGAACGCCAGGAGUGCCAGCUUCUCUCAGGGCACGAGGGCCUCAUUUCUUAUGAGGAGCGACACAGCCGUACAGAAGCUUGCCCAGGGCAACGGACACUGUGUCAACGGGGUCAGUGGUCAAGUCCACGGUUUCUAUAGCCUCCCCAAGCCAAGCCGGCACAAUACGGAGUUCAGAGACAGUACCUACGACCUCCCCCGGAGCCUCGCCUCCCACGGCCACACCAAGGGCAGCCUCACGGGCUCUGAGACCGAUAAUGAGGACGUAUACACCUUCAAGACGCCCAGCAACACCCUGUGUCGGGAGUUCGGGGACCUCCUCGUGGACAAUAUGGACGUGCCAGCCACCCCGCUGUCAGCCUACCAGAUCCCUAGGACGUUCACGCUGGAUAAGAACCACAAUGCCAUGGCAGUGGCCACUCCCGGGGACUCGGCCAUCGCUCCCCCACCCCGGCCUCCCAAGCCAAGCCAGGCAGAAACACCUCGAUGGGGCAGCCCUCAGCAGAGACCCCCAAUCAGCGAAAGCAGCAGAUCCAUCUCUGCCGCGGCCACCAUCCCCAGGCGCAACACGCUCCCAGCCAUGGACAACAGCCGACUGCACCGAGCUUCUUCCUGUGAGUCCUACGAGUACCCGCAGCGCGGUGGCGAGAGUGCAGGCCGGUCUGCCGAGUCCAUGAGUGAUGCAGUCGGUUCUUUCCUGCCCGGGAAAACUGCCGUGGGCCGGUCAGAGAGCAGCAAUUCCGAGGACAACUAUGUGCCCAUGAAUCCAGGGUCCUCCACCCUGCUGGCCACGGAGCGAGUAGGCGAUAACUCCCAGAGUGUCUACAUCCCCAUGAGCCCUGGACCCCACCACUUUGAGGCCCUUGGCUACCCCUCAGCAGCCCUUUCUAUGCACCGGGGCCCCAGCCGAGGGAGUGAGAUCCAGCCACCCCCUGUCAACCGCAACCUCAAACCUGACCGGAAAGUAAAGCCAACACCACUUGACCUGAGAAACAACACUGUCAUCGAUGAGCUCCCCUUCAAGUCACCCGUCACCAAGUCUUGGUCUAGGGCCAUCCACACCUUCAAUAGUUCCUCCCAGUACUGCCGCCCCAUCUCCACCCAGAGCAUCACCAGCACAGACUCCGGGGACAGCGAAGAGAACUACGUCCCUAUGCAAAAUCCAGUGUCUGCAUCUCCCAUUCCCAGUGGCACCAACAGUCCUGCCCCGAAGAAGAGCACGGGCAGUGUUGAUUAUCUUGCCCUGGACUUCCAGCCGAGCUCCCCCAGCCCCCACCGCAAGCCAUCCACGUCAUCUGUCACUUCUGAUGAGAAGGUGGACUACGUUCAAGUGGACAAGGAGAAGACCCAGGCCCUGCAGAGCACCAUGCAGGAGUGGACAGAUGUGCGGCAGUCCUCGGAGCCUUCCAAGGGCGCCAAACUGUGAUACGGGGCCACCGCACCUGGGGAGGGGCCAGGAGGCAGCAUCUCCAGUGCUGGCUCCUCUCCUCUUCCGCCACCUCCCAACUCACACAAUCUCUCUUCUCCCAGUGCCCCCUCCUGCCACUCUGGCCUUCAAAGCACUUGAUGUCAGGGACCCUGAACCCCUCUCCUAAGAGGAGAGGGCCUGAUCAAGGCACUUCCUCUGCCCACUCGGGGCCCCCCUUUGAUUUUUACCAGUAAUGGCCAUGCCUCUACCCACCUUAGUUAGAGCUAUUGCCAAAAAAAAUCCUUCAGCCUCUUCCUGUCCUUUAGACCCGAACACCUACUAAGGCUUUGGGAGGGGCUGGGGCUCUGAGCCAGAUUCCACACCUCACUUCCGGUCCUAGCCCUCAAGCCCUCCAGCUACUGGGCUACCUCUCCUUCAGUCCCAGAAGAUGCCACAUUGUAUCGCUGACCCAGGGAGCCCAGGACCAGCAGAGCAAAGUGGACAUGGACUUCAUCCUUGUCUUGGUAGAGCAAGGCAAGGCCCCCAAAAGAUGAAGUUGAGAAGGAAGGUUAGCAGUGGUCUUGAGGGACACAGGAAGGAGGUCCCGGAUGCAAAAGGCAGGUGAUACAGACAGGAGUCCUGCCCCUGUGUAGUAGGAAUGGGUUCGGAGAGGCAAAGGGAGGAGGACACAAGGGAGGGAAAACAGAGGAGGAUGGGCAGGGGUGACCAGGGCCCCUAGUCCAGUGGCACACCCAGGCCCCCCUCCAUGGGCGUACAGGAGGGGCUAGGAAGGUGUGGGGUGCUGCAGCCAGUGCAAGGUGGAGAGGGAGUCGGGGGCAGUAGGUAGGUACUGCAGGGCCUACCCCUGAGGGGCUGGCCGCUGUAGUGGGGAGGGAGCAGCAAACGUGCCUCUGCAGGACAGGUGGUGGGGCAGCGCAGAUAACUGAUGGGCUGAGAGGCAGGAGGCGGACAGUGCAGCUGGGGGCAGGGGGGUGGGGGUGGGGUGGAAAGCCCGGGCAAUGCCUGGGGCUGCAGGCCAGAGCCGUGAGUGUGAGGGUCAUGGGGAAAGCAUUGCAGGGGAGGGUGGGGCCAAGAGGAUGUUGGGGAGGGCUGGGGCUUCUGCUGCAGCCAAAGCCAGUAGGAGUAUGGUCCCGGGAGCCCUGAGCCAUGUUGGAUUCAGACCUGGUCCCUGGGAAGGGAGAGGCCAGACCUCUGCUCCUGUGGCUUAAAGGCCCCGCGUGAGCUGUGUCCUCCCCCACCAGGUCUUUUGUCCUAAGGUGGGAAGGACAGAUCUGAAUCUUUUGCCGAUGGUUCUUGCCCAAAUCUUCCAGGGUUGCCGAGGUCUCAUCCCACCCUGGGAUGAACAGAUCUCAUUCCUACAGAAAAAAAUACUUCCCACCACGGCUGACGGAGGUGGCUACCGCUCACCUUUGGGUUCCCGUGAGCACACACCUGGCCAUGGUCUCAGAAGCCCCACUCCGGCCAGGAGGAUUUUCUGCACACUCUCCUAGCAGUUCAGCUCAACUCAGUGGGAACUGACGAAUGGCAGCCGGAGCCAGGUUCUGGGAAUUUGAGAAUUUGUGCACUUGAGGUGUGGGUAGGGGAGACCCAAGGACACAGGACAUUGGUAAGGGCCGUGAGAGAGACUGGAAGCAAGGCUACUUCAGGAUGGUAGUGCAGAUCAGGGAUAGGUGAUGUCUGGGAAAAGGGGGUGCUGAGAUGGGCUCGAGAGGCAGGAAGAAGGGCAGGGUAAAGCACUGGGGCUGAUGGCAGUGGCUGACACUGUCCCUUUAAGGCUCUCGCUGCAGGGUCUCCUAGGACAGAGCAUUGAGUGGCGCUGCCCUGUGACCCAGGUGCCCGCACUUUGGACUACGAAUGAAACUGAGUGUUCAAAUCUAGUGUCCAAGGAGGCCUCCUUCCAGCUCUUGGUUCCUGCAGCUCCCAAGCCCUCAGAGUGAAGGUGGAGAGGCAGAGACAGAAGGACGUGUAAGAGGAUGAUGGCCUGGUGAAUGUAGAGACUCGGGCCUCCCCCAACCCGGUGUCUAGUACACACCUGCCUGUUCAGUUUAGCUCCCUGGUGGCCUGGCAAGGGCAGACUCAGGACGCACGGUGCCUGGGCCAGCAGGAGCAAGCAGCAAAGAGGAAGGAAGGGUUCCAGGGAGUUGAGCAAAGCAAGGUCCCAAGGAGCCACCGCCUGUGAAAGGAUGGUUCCAUCAGAGGGUGGCUGAGGCCCUUCCAGGCUGUUUCUCUGCAGGGGUCUGGCUCACCGGGGAUGGGCAGCACCCAGGGCCUUAGUCAGUCUGCCCGGUCCCCUUCCCGAGAUGGGACUUUGAAGACUUCUACAUUUGAAACCCUUCAAAUACGCCCCAUUUGUAGGAGAGAAGCACAACCAUUCCCGCUCUGCAGUGAGUGGAGCAAGGGCUUGCCCCGGCCGACCCACCCCUCACACCCUUCCAGGAGCUCUGGCCGCAGUUCGCACUCCGGGGCACCCCAUGAGGAAGCGAGGCUGGGCCCAGGAGCACUGCAGCUCCCUCCUCCGGGAGCCAACGUUCUGGGACUUUGCAAGCUCCCUGCGCUGCCUGUGGAGGGGCCCUCUCGAGGUGCAGGCUGUCCUGUGAUAGUUGGUGGUGUGUAUUCUUGUGUGUUGGUUACACAUGUCUUGAAAUUUAGAAUCAUUUCGCACAGAACUGUCAGGAAGAGAAAAGGGGCUAACAGCCCAGUCUUAGGUUCUUGCCCUGUUAUACCAUUUUAAAAUCGACAUUUAAUUUUUCAAAUCACUGUUGGUGCCUAAUCACUUAAGUUAUUAAUUUAUUCUGUUUUCUCUUUUAAAAAUGUGUAACAUGUAUUUAUCCUGUGCGUAGGUCUGGGGUGGGGUGGGAAUGUGUUCUUGUGAGUCCUGGUUUUGCUGUGGUGACACACGGCACAGGCCUGGAGCUUGCAGGGCCCUUUUUACGUGGUGUUGGAGCAGGACAACAAUAAAGUCCAUUAGAAGCAACCAGA